AUUCAUAUUAAAUAUGUCCGCGUUUCACAGAACCGACCGCUGACCAGAUACUUGCCAACGAAAGACCCAACACUCGACCUCGUAACCUUCAUCACCUCCUGCGGCCACAACGUCGAUCAGUGUCGUCACGUGAUGAUGACGUCAUCGAGUUGCAGGGGGUUGCUGACGAAGAUGACGGAAGGGCUCGGUGGGAGGAUGAGGUCCUGGAAGAAGAGGUGGUUCGUCUUUGAUCGGUCAAAGAAGUGCUUGUCCUACUAUGUUGACUCGAAGGAGAGCAAGCCCCCUCGAAACAUCAUCUACUUCCAAUCCAUUGAAGAUGUCUUCGUCGACCAUCUUCACCAGGUCAACAGUCCGACACCGCAGCUGACGUUUUGUUUGAAGACGUUCGAUCGCAUGUACUACUUUGUGGCUGCCAGCUCGGACGCCAUGAGGAUCUGGAUAGAUGUCCUCUUCACUGGCGCCGAGGGACACCAAAACUUUUUAUGA